CGAGCGAGCAGCAGUCUCGCUCUCGCGUCUCUGCUCUAGGGUUCGCCAGGCGCCACCCAGCCGCCGCUGCCGCCGCCCCGCCGACGCCGCUCCGCCCCGUCGUCCCUCGCCCUCUCCCUCUCCCUCUCCGUACUCCGUACAGCGGGAUCGAGCGAUGGCAGCUGUCCGGCGGCAGGCGGCGGCGAAGCGGGGCGGAGGUGGCGCGGCCGGAAAGAACGCAUGGCUAGCGGCGGACGGGAGCAAGAGGUGGGGGGAGAAGUUCUUCCUGCUAUACACGCCCUUCUGGCUCACGCUCUGCCUCGGCGUCGUCGUCCCCUUCAAGCUCUACGAGAGUUUCACGGAGCUGGAAUAUUUGAUUCUUGGAUUGGUGUCAACCGUGCCUGCGUUUGUCAUCCCUCUGUUCCUCGUAGGAAAGGCAGAUAGUAUUAGAAGUUUAAAAGAUCGUUACUGGGUCAAGGCUAAUGUUUGGAUUAUAAUUUUCAGUUAUGUCGGUAACUACUUUUGGACACAUUACUUUUUCACAGUUCUUGGCGCGUCAUAUACUUUUCCAUCAUGGAGGAUGAAUAAUGUACCCCAUACAACAUUUCUCCUGACUCAUGCCUGCUUCUUAUUUUAUCACAUGGCAUCAAAUAUGACACUUCGUAGAUUACGUCACUCUACAGCUCACCUGCCACAGUCUAUUCGAUGGUUGUUUGAAGCCGCGUGGAUUUUAGCACUCUCAUACUUCAUUGCAUACUUGGAGACUCUAGCCAUUGCAAAUUUUCCAUAUUACGAAUUCGUCGACCGGGACAUAAUGUACAAAGUUGGCUCAUUGUUUUAUGCAAUAUACUUCCUCGUCAGCUUUCCGAUGUUCUCAAGGAUCGAUGAAAAGGCAGAGAAGUGGGACAUUCCCAGGGUGGCCGUCGACGCUCUGGGCGCAGCGAUGCUCGUCACGAUAAUACUCGAUUUAUGGCGCAUAUUCCUGGGGCCAAUCGUACCCGUCCCGGAAUCAAGAAGGUGCGGCCAGCCGGGGCUUGCAUGGUUCCACCAUGUGCAGAAUGAAACCGUCUAGACCAGGAACGACGUGGAUUCUUCUGUUCCCACGCGUACCGUUGCCACGGCCGGUGUUUUCCGAGACCGUUCGCCUCACCAUUGGCGGGACGAAAAUUGAACCGUCACGGCGUGCUUCUUGCUGAUUUAAUGGAUCGAUUUGUUCUCUGCGUGUUGUAUUUGCUUCGUGCGAAUAGCGAACUGGUAAUAAUUUGUAAGUUCAGCCUGAUCUUAGAAACUAUUUUGAAUAAGGUUAGAGGCAAUGAA